AUGGCCUCAGCAGCAGACAAUGUGGCGUCGAUUGAGAGCAAUGCCGCGAAGAGGCAGUUCGAGACCCCGUUGCGGACAGAGGAAGGGUCACGGGGAAGCUACAGGUUCAAAAACAAGAGGAUGAAGAACGGACAUGCCGUGAGCAGUCAGAUCCUGAAGACCAACGGAACCACAGAGGAAAUCCUGCUGGAAGACGUCACUGCUCUGAUCAAAAAGCUCAACGUAGAAAGAGAAGGAAGGGACGUCUCGACACAACUUCCAGAAAAGUUCAGCGAGAUCGACGUCACCAUCAGGGAGCUUUCAUCUACCGGAGACGGUCUUGGUUUCCAGGAGGGUUCGGACUCGGAUCAAGUCUAUGCCGUUCCAUUCACCGCGCCUGGCGACACGGUGACCGCCAAGAUCUUCAAGCAUUUCGAAAAGGAAAAGUACUCCAUGGCCGACUUCGUCAAAGUCAGCAAGCCCUCACCACACCGCGACCAGUCCCUUGUCAAAUGCCCCUACUUCUCGCAAUGCUCAGGAUGCCAGUUCCAGAUGCUGCCCUAUGACUACCAGCUCCAACACAAAAAGUCCAUCGUGGAGCGCGCCUACAAGAACUUCUCCAACCUGUCGCCCGAGCUCAUCCCUACCAUUGGUGAUACAAUCGGCUCGCCGCUGCAAUAUGGAUACCGCACCAAACUCACACCGCACUUCGACGGCCCUCCUGACUCCCGGCGAAGUGACGGCCGCAACGGCAUCAAACGCAGCUUCAAAGAAGUCCCAUCCAUCGGCUUUAUGAAGAAGGGAACGCGCAUCACCAUGGACAUUGAAGACUGCCCGAUCGGCACCGAAGCGGUCCGCGCAGGCAACAAGCGCGAGCGAAAGAAGGUCGUCGACACGCUCUCCUCAUACCACAAGGGCGCCACUAUCCUCCUGCGUGAGAACACCCAACGGAUACCGAAAGCAGAAUACAGCGUGGAGAAGGAGGAUCCUAACGCCGUCGACGAAGACCUCGGCGCACACGUCCAUCGCAAGACGUGCGUCACGGACCCCAACGCCCGCACCACAGAGUACAUUGAUGACUUCCGCUUCAUCAACCCGGCCGGCAGCUUUUUCCAGAACAACAACUCCAUCCUCCCGCCCUUCACAAACUACAUCCGCGAGCACAUCCUGCCCAACGAGCCCGGGCACAACAUCAAGUACCUCAUCGACGCCUACUCGGGCUCCGGGCUUUUCACAAUCACCCUGUCCAGCCUGUUCGAGAGCAGUCUAGGCAUCGACGUGAGCUCGAGCUCGAUCAAGAGCGCAACCGAGAACGCGGCCAUCAACGGGCUGACGCCCGACCGCGCGCGCUUCAUCGCCGCCGACGCCGCACAGCUGUUCGCCUCCAUCACCACGCCCGCCGACCAGACUGUCGUCAUGCUCGAUCCCCCGCGCAAGGGCUGCGACGAGAGCUUCCUGCGCCAACUGCUGCAGUACGGCCCCGCCCGCGUCGUCUACGUGAGCUGCAACGUGCACACCCAGGCCCGCGACGUCGGCGUCCUUGUCGCCGGCAUGGCCGGCGUUGACGCCGGCUGCGGCCCUGGCGAGGGGUGCUAUGAGAUGGAAUCGUUGCGCGGGUUCGACUUCUUCCCGCAGACCGGGCAUGUCGAGGGUGUUGCUGUGUUGAGGAGGAAGAUGGGGAGAGCUUAG